AUGGUGACACUUGGCAGUUGUAUUUGUUUUGCUCGGCGAGGAAAUUGUCUUUUUUCAAUACCCGUGAAUAUUUCACGGCUACCCGUUUAUAUUUUUCUUUCUUUCUUUCUUUCUUUCUUUCUUUCUUUCUUUCUUUCUUUCUUUCUUUCUUUCUUUCUUUCUUUCUUUCUUUCUUUCUUUCACACUUUCUUUCUUUCUUUCACUCGUUCACUCUUUCUUUCACUCUUUCUACCUGUUUAUAUUUUCUUUCUUUCUUUCUUUCUUUCUUUCUUUCUUUCUUUCUUUCUUUCUUUCUUUAAUCUUUUUCUUUUCCUCUUCUCAGUACAAGUCUUUUCAUUGUCUACGGCUAUCAGAUCCACUCUUUUCAACGAGUUGAUCGAUUUGUCAUGUCUUCUUUUCUUUGUCUACGGCUAUCAGAUCCACUCUUUUCAACGAGUUGAUCGAUUUGUCGUUUCUUCUUUUCUUUAUCUACGGCUAUCAGAUCCACUCUUUUCAACGAUGAUAUGUCAUUUCUUCUUUGACUUGACUACGACUAUUACAUUCGCUCUUUUCUCUUCAAGAGUUUGGCCGAUUUGUCACGUCUUCUUUACCUUGUCUACGACAAUCAGAUCCGUUAAUUUCUCUCCUGUGGGAGAUCGAUUUGUCACGUCUUCUUUACCUUGUCUACGACAAUCAGAUCCGUUAAUUUCUCUCCUAUCCGUUAAUUUCUCUCCUGUGGGAGAUCGAUUUGUCACGUCUUCUUUACCUUGUCUACGACAAUCAGAUCCGUUAAUUUCUCUCCUGUGGGAGAUCGAUUUGUCAUCUCUUCUUUUCCUUGUCAACGACUAUCAGAUCCGUUUCUUUCUCUUCAAUGGGGUGACGAUUUAUCAUGUCUUUUCUUUUCCUUGUCUACGAAUAUCAGAUCCGCUUUUUUUUUUCUUCAAUGGGGUGGUUGAUUUGUCAUCCCUUGGCCGCGUCUAUCAGCUGGGGUGGUCAGUCUGUAAUAUCUAUCUAUCUAUCAAUCUCAACUAUCUACCUGGUAAUAUCUAUCUAUCUAUCUAUCUAUCUAUCUAUCUAUCUAUCUAUCUGCCUGUAAUAUCUAUCUAUCAAUCUAUCUAUCUACCUGGUAAUAUCUAUCUAUCUAUCUGCCUGGUAAUAUCUAUCUAUCUAUCUAUCUAUCUAUCUAUCUAUCUAUCUAUCUAUCUAUCUAUCUCUGUUAGUUCAUACCUAUCACAAUCUCUUCACAAGGAAGUCCGUUAA